AUGUCAAGUGAAGAACUACUCUAUUUAAAGGGCGCUAAAGUGUGGCUGCCGCACUCCGAAACUGUUUGGCAAAGCGGUACUCUCCAGCAAAACUAUCAGGCGGGCGUAACGGAAAUAAUAGUGGAGGUUGAAAAUGGUGAUGUGCUAAUUGUACCUGUUAAACCGGAUGGCAGUGAUUUGCCGCCACUGCGUAAUCCCGCCAUACUAAUCGGCCAAAAUGAUUUGACUUCACUGUCCUACUUGCACGAGCCGGGCGUUUUACACAAUUUAAAAGUACGUUUUUGUGAACGUCAAAUAAUUUAUACAUAUUGUGGCAUUAUAUUAGUAGCCAUAAAUCCAUAUGCUGAACUACCGCUGUACGGGCCAAGUAUUAUACGAGCCUACCGUGGUCGCUCCAUGGGUGAACUUGAACCACACAUAUUCGCUUUAGCCGAAGAGGCUUACGCAAGAUUAGAACGUGAGCGUUGUAAUUUAAGUAUUAUCGUAAGCGGUGAGUCCGGCGCAGGUAAAACAGUAUCCGCGAAGUAUGCGAUGCGUUAUUUCGCUGCUGUGGGAGGUUCAGAGUCUGAAACUCAAGUGGAACGUAAAGUGUUGGCGUCGUCGCCCAUAAUGGAGGCGUUCGGCAAUGCUAAGACUACCCGCAAUGACAAUAGUUCUCGCUUUGGCAAAUUUACGAAAUUGUUGUUUAAAAACAACAGGGACGUAAUGCAUUUGACGGGGGCUAAUAUGCAUACAUAUCUGCUAGAAAAAUCUAGAGUGGUAUUUCAGGCAAUAGGCGAACGGAAUUAUCACAUAUUCUAUCAGCUAUGUACGGCCAGAGCAACCUAUCCAGAGUUGAUAUUAGAUCAUCAGGAUUGUUUCUAUUACCUAAAUUGCGGCCGCUCCCCUGAUAUAGACAAAAUUUCAGACAGAGAACAAUUUAAGGAAACAAUUCAAGCCAUGCAAAUAUUAGGUUUCGACCCAAGACAAAUAUCUGAUAUCCUUAAAAUUUUGGGUAGCAUUCUACACUUGGGCAAUAUAAAAUUCGCUAAUAAAUAUAAAAAAGACAAAGAAGAAUUAGAUCUUGAAGGUUGUGAUAUUUACCUUGAUGAUUUACAUUUACGUGUUAUAGGAGAACUAUUACUUAUUAAGGCGGACGAGUUACGAAAAUGGUUAUUAAUGCGACAAAUUGAAUCUGCCCAUGAAUUGGUUCUAAUUCCUAAUAACAAAGAGGCGGCUGUAGCCGUACGAGAUGCUUUAGCCAAACAUAUUUACGCCAAACUAUUUCAGUAUAUUGUUACCGUUAUCAAUAAGGGGCUAAAUAAUGAUCGGAAGCAGAGCUUGUUCAUUGGCGUUUUAGAUAUCUACGGUUUUGAAACCUUUGAAAUGAAUUCUUUUGAACAAUUUUGCAUAAACUAUGCUAAUGAGAAGCUCCAACAACAAUUCAAUCAACACGUCUUCAAGCUGGAGCAAGAAGAAUAUUUGAAGGAGGGCAUUUCGUGGACUAUGAUCGAUUUUUAUGACAAUCAGCCAUGUAUUGAUCUAAUUGAAUCGAAAUUGGGUGUUUUAGAUUUACUGGAUGAAGAAUGUAGGAUGCCUCGCGGUACCGAUGAAAGUUGGGCCCUAAAAUUGGUAGAGAAAUGUAAUAAAUUCGAUCAUUUUGAAAAGUCACGUUUCGGCAACACUAGCUUCUUCAUUAAACACUUUUCGGAUUGUGUGAAAUAUGAUGUGAUUGGCUUUCUGGAGAAGAAUCGUGACACCGUAUCGAAGGAGCUCGUCAAUGUUUUACGGCGUUCGCAAAUGUCUUUAUGUAAGCAACUAACGGAGCUGGAGGAAAUCGAUACACUGAAUGCAGAUGCGUCCAGAACACAGACUUUGGGAGGCCGCGUAGUUAUCAGUGCGUCACGAAAACAGGAUACGGUAGUCUCGGAAACCCGUAAAAGGAUUAUGCCUUCUAAACAGCAUCGCCGCUCAGUGGGUUCCCAAUUUCGUGAAAGUUUAUCCUCUUUAAUUGCCACUUUACAUUCUACUACACCUCAUUACGUCCGAUGCAUCAAGCCCAACGAACAUAAGAUCGCCUUUAAAUGGGAAGCACCGAAAAUCGUUCAGCAGCUACGAGCUUGCGGUGUUUUGGAAACAGUACGUAUCUCGGCCGCUGGUUUUCCCUCGCGUUGGUCCUAUUUGGAUUUUUAUAUGCGCUAUCAACUCUUAUGCCAUCGAGGUCAAAUUACCAAAAGUGAUUUAAAGAAAUCCUCCUAUAAUAUUAUUAAAAAAUGGAUACCGGAUAAUGAUAUGUAUCGGUUCGGAAAAACGCAGAUAUUUUUUCGAGCUGGGCAGGUGGCCUACUUGGAGCAAGUCCGUGCCAAUUUGCGCAAGCGUUAUAUAACUACUAUACAGUCGGUGAUUCGGAGAUUCAUUUGGCGAAGGCGUUUCGUGCGUUUACAACGCACCGCCUUAGGUAUACAGCGUUACGCGCGUGCCUACUUAGCCCGACAGAAAGCGCAAGAAAUACGUGAACAAAGAGCUGCUGUUAUUAUUUGCAAAUACGUACGCGGUUGGUUGGUGCGUCGUCGAUACAAGCGUUUGCGUCAUUCAAUUUGCGGUAUACAACAAUAUGCCCGAGGUAUGUUGGCUCGCAGACGUUUCCAGGAGGCUAUGGAACACCAUAAGGCUACGCAAAUACAAAAAUAUAUACGGGGUUACAUUGCAAGGCGUGAAUACCGCACACGCAUGCACAAUAUUAUUAUUUGUCAGGCGGCGGUGAGACGAUUUUUAGCCAGGCGUCAAUUUAAACGUUUGAAAGCCGAAGCGAAAACUAUUUCUCAUAUACAGAAAAUGUACAAGGGCCUGGAGAAUAAAAUUAUAACAAUGCAGCAACGAAUCGACGAAUUGAAUCAAGACAAUGCAAAAUUAAGGCAAAAAACUAGUGAGGUGUCAGUUCUUAAGAUGAAAUUAGAAAUGAAAAAGGCAUUGGAGAUUGAAUUGAAGCAACUUAAAUUCGUUGUGGCGGAAAAAGACGAGAAGGUCUUAUCGGUACUUAAGCAAUUAGAAACUGAACGCGAUGAGAAGAUGAUGUUGCUUGAGGAAGCUGCGCAGAAACAGGAAGAAUGGCACCGUCAAAAGCAAUUGUGGAGCGAAGAAACCGCGGGUUUGCGUCGACAAUUGGAGGAGAUGAUGGAACGUGCUAAUCGUAACGAAGCAAGUAGCAUUAAUCAACAAACACGUUCAAUGUCCGAAGUUGAUGAGAUUGAUAUACAUGACGCGUAUAAGAAAAUCAUCAAGGAGAAAGAGAUUAUUGAAAACGAAAACUAUCUACUGAAAGAGGAACUUAACAAAUUUUAUAAUCAAAGCGUUAAGAGCGAUUAUAACGAUGUGAUAAGGAACCAUAUGCGAUCCAGUAGUAAUGCUUCAAGUCAAAAUGACGAAGACAUUGGUUACAGUUCGGCUAAAAAUACUUUAGAACCAAAACGUCAACCGGAAUUGGCUAAUCUGUCGACACAGGAAUCCCUACAGUACGCGGAAGAUGUUUCCACUGGCAAAACUGAUCAUACGUUGAUUAUAUUGAAAUUACGCAAUUUAUUGGAGGAGGAGAAGAAAAAGUACACCUGUUUAAAAGAUCAACUGGACAAGGCCAUUAGCCGCCAUAGACCGACGGAGGAUUCUCUUCGAGUGUCCGAGUUAGAAGUAGAAAAUGAAAAAUUGCGUCAUGAUUAUGAACUGCUGAGGCAAAGCAUACGUUGCGGUGCCGAAAUGCAAGAACUGGAAGCGCAACAUAAUGCCCUGCAGGAAGAGCUGAAACGUAGACGGGAUGAAUGCAUACAAUUAAAAGCUGUGCUGCAGCAGCAGAGUCAGUCGCUGAAAUCGCUUGGCAGCGAGAAUUUGAGCGGUAGUGAUGUAAUAAAUAUGCACGAUAACGAGUUAAUGGACGCCUUUCAUUGUCAAAAAUUGGUUAAUCGUCAGUUAGAAUCGGAAUUGCGGGCCUUAACAGAAGAGAAUAACGCUCACUUUGCCGAGCUGACGCAUCAGAUUGAAGAAUUGCGCAAGGAAAACAAUCAGCUGCAAGAACUAUUGCAGGGUGAUAUAAGUGAAACCGUGGAUCUUAAAGAUCCCGAAGUCCUGCAACAAAGCAAUCGAUAUCUCAAGCAUGAGCUAAAGAAGACUAUGCUGCAAUAUUCGCUGGUACAAGAAGAGUUGAAUUCAUUCCUGAAAAAAUUCGAAUCGAUGAAAACACGUAGCGAACGCUUAACGGUAAAAUUGCAGCAGCAUGGUGUCACCGAUAAUCCUUCGUCACCCAAAAGCCAAGAGCAAAACGACAACCCUACUCUUCAAGUAAGCAAACAAAAGGCGAAAACAUAUCAAGGUUUAAUGAAAUUCCGCAGUGAAGAUCUGGAUAAGAUAUUCCACCGGUUAGUUAGCGAUAUGACUACUAGAGUGGCCAUAGGCUUAUUGCCAGGAUUUCCGGCGUACAUCAUAUUUAUGUGUAUACGUUACACUGACUUGAUUAACGCUGAUGAAGAUGUACGCGAUCUACUCAGUAAAUUCGUUAAGCAAAUCAAAAAAAUUCAUCGCAAUCCGCACGUAACGGAGCAUCGUAUACUGUGGCUAGUUAACUCAAUAACGCUUUUAAAUCUGCUAAAACAGUAUGGUGACGUGGAGGAGUACAUAAAAUUUAACACCGAAAAACAAAACAUGCAACAAUUAAAAAAUUUCAACUUAUAUGAAUAUCGACGUGUGAUCUUGGAAAUAAUCAUUAAAUUGUAUGAAGCCUUAAUUAAGCAAAUUGAGGGUUUGCUUGAUCCAUACAUUGUCCCCGCCAUUUUGGAUAACGACGAGAUACAGAGGGGCCGUCAGCAUGGGUUAAGGAGUCGUACCAGUUUUGCAAACAGUUCACCCGAGCACGGCAAAAUGGCCGCUUGGAAGCAAUUAAUUAGUCAAUUGGAACAUUUUUACAAACAGUUCCUGCAUUUUGGUUUGGAUAGUUGCUAUUCAGAACAAAUAUUCCAUCAGCUAAUGUACUUCCUGUGCGCGGUGGCUAUGAAUUGUCUAAUGCUUCGUGGCGAUAUCUGCAUGUGGGAGACCGGCAUGAUUAUACGGUAUAAUUUGGGAUACAUUGAGGAUUGGGUGCGAGAAAAGAAAAUGUCUAACGCCAUUUUAACGCCAUUGGCUCCUCUAAAUCAAGUAUCGCAACUAUUACAAUCGCGAAAAAGCGAAAAUGAUGUGCAAAGCAUUUGCGAUUUAUGUAUGAAUUUGAACACAGCGCAAGUCUUGAAGGUUAUGAAAUCUUAUAAAUUGGAUGAUUAUGAAUCGGAAAUUACCAACACGUUCUUGGAAAAGCUUACGGAGAAACUGAAUGAACGUCCAAUGGUGAAAAAUGAUGACUUCACUAUGGACCAGAAGUUCAUACAUCCGUUCAAAGUUGUCUUCAAAUAUAGUGAUAUUAAAUUGGAAGAUAUCGAGCUACCCAAACAUUUGAAUUUGGACGAUUUGCUAAUGAAAAUUUAA